ACCCGUUCAUAUUGAAAUCGGCCGUAGGUAACCGUGCAUUAAAACUCUCUGAUCAGUUGCUCCAGUUGAUUACUUUUCCUGUGUGUGCUGUAGGAAAGGAGGGGACCGCCGGAACGCUGCCACAGAUUUCCUGACCACCGCUAAAUAUCAUCUUAGGAAACUAGCGAGAGGAAUGGUGUCUUUCGGUUAAAAGCAAGUGGGCAUUUCUGACCAUUUAGCCGGCUAAUUAACCUACUUACACACCAUGAAUUUAUUGCCGUCCAACCCCCACGGAAAUGGGCUUCUUUAUGCUGGAUUUAAUCAAGAUCAUGGAUGCUUUGCAUGUGGAAUGGAAAACGGAUUCAGGGUGUACAACACAGAUCCUCUAAAAGAAAAAGAAAAGCAAGAGUUUCUUGAAGGUGGGGUUGGGCAUGUGGAGAUGCUUUUUCGAUGCAACUAUCUCGCACUUGUUGGAGGAGGCAAGAAACCCAAGUACCCACCUAAUAAAGUGAUGAUCUGGGAUGACCUCAAGAAGAAGACUGUGAUUGAGAUUGAGUUUUCCACAGAAGUCAAAGCUGUUAAGCUACGACGAGACAGAAUUGUGGUCGUCCUGGACUCAAUGAUCAAAGUCUUUACUUUUACACAUAACCCUCACCAGCUGCAUGUAUUUGAAACAUGCUACAACCCCAAAGGUCUCUGCGUUCUGUGCCCAAACAGUAACAACUCUUUGCUAGCAUUUCCUGGAACCCACUCUGGGCAUGUGCAAAUAGUAGACCUGGCCAAUACCGAGCGGCCUCCGGUUGACAUUCCUGCCCAUGAGGGAGCUCUGUGCUGCAUUGCCCUUAACCUCCAGGGAACACGGAUAGCCACAGCUUCUGAAAAAGGCACGCUGAUCAGAAUAUUCGACACCUCAACAGGUCAUCUGAUUCAGGAGUUAAGACGAGGAUCACAAACUGCAAACAUAUACUGCAUUAAUUUCAACCAGGAUGCAUCUCUCAUCUGUGUGUCAAGUGACCAUGGUACUGUCCACAUAUUUGCUGCAGAAGAUCCAAAAAGGAACAAGCAAUCAAGCUUGGCCUCUGCCAGCUUUCUCCCCAAGUAUUUCAGCUCCAAAUGGAGCUUCUCCAAGUUCCAGGUCCCGUCUGGUUCGCCCUGCGUCUGUGCCUUUGGAACUGAGCCCAAUGCAGUCAUAGCCAUUUGUGCUGAUGGCAGCUACUACAAGUUCCUGUUCAACCAAAAAGGGGAGUGUUCAAGGGAUGUAUAUGCCCAGUUUUUGGAAAUGACCGAUGAGAAGAUCUGAGCACAGAUACUACUUGGAUUUAAGUGAUUUUUUUUUCCCUCCUGACAUUUCCAUUUUUGCAGAAUGUCAGUGGACCUACUGUACAUGGCAUUCAUGACCCAGUGUCACUUUAGGGAGAUGAACCAUAUCAGGGACUCCCUGGUGACAAAGAAAGAUUGAGAGAUCUGUAAGCUCACUUUUCUGUUCCUUUUACUCAAACUAAAAGACUCUGGUCAAGCAGAGAAAUGGACGGAUAACCCUACUGCAGUCGACUUGUCCAGUCCAGUGGAGAGAGAAGAGGGAAACUGUAUUUUUUUGAACGAACAGCAGUUGCUUUUUAAAAGGUCUUCCAUGGGAAUUGCAGUUUUUUUAGUAUAGAGAUGGCUAGAAAGAUCACUAACACCGCCUAAUCUAAUGUAGGGAGUGCCUCUGUCAUUGCUGAAGAGGAGUGAUGAGUGUACAUGUAUUCAUCAUUCACAAUAUGUAUGUACAAAAUAUUAGUAGUGUUAGGUUUUGUUUUACUACUAUAAACACAAAAUAGCAGACAGAACGUAUGUAACUACAUAGACUUAACAUGCAUAGGCAAGGGAAAAAAAGCAACUAUGAUGUAGAUGUGUUUUUUCAUUUUAUGUUACUUACAUGUACGUGCAAUAUUCUUUAUUUUUUCUCACAAUUGUUGGGAGUUAAUCUGUUUAAUCGAAACAAAUUAGUAUUUGCUAAAUGCAUUCUACUAGUGUGUGCAUAGCCACUUUGCACUCAAUCCAUGAAACACAGAAAGGAUAAUCCUAAGCCAUAAGGCAGAUGGGGGCAUUCUAGUAAACCAGAAUUUGAUCUUAAAUACAGAUUGGAGCUUCCAAGUUGGUAAAUGAAUACACAAAGUUCCAUGUCCUUUAUGGUUACUAAGCUAGUUACGAAUAAUCAUGCAUGCGACAUUUCCCUUUGUAUAAGAUUUAAUGUGAAUUUUGAAUGGCCAAUACCUCCUGUGUGGGGGAUCUAUUUUUACAGAAGUUAAAGGAUGAACGUGAAUAUUACCUUCUUUAGAUAAAAGAAUUAACAGGUAGUGUGACACGUUUGAGUUGUAGCGAUAAAAAGGCGAUCAUAAUUUUCUUCCACUGACGCUCUCAAUUUUUGUAAAAUAGUUGUUAAGCAGAAAGAUUACCAAAGUGCCCAGUCUUAACCCGAGUGUAUUUAUGCUUGAACUGUAUUCAUUCUACAUAAUCGUUUCUCUGUUUUGUAUUUUUUCAAGCUGUUAUGUUGAUCCAAACUCAUGUCAUGCUUUUGUCGUGAUUGUAAAAUGUAGAAGUGAUUACAUAUAACGCAAUGUUCAAGUAUAAUGAUGUAACGUACGCUAGGACUGUGAGCUCUGCAGGGAUACAGCACACAAUUUAUCAUGUGACAAAUUAAACACAAUUGUGAAAUACACAUUAGAAAUUUGU